AUGGGAUCAACUGUGGCGACAAACUAAUUUCAAACAGAACAAAAGUUAUUUGUAGCUCGUUAAAGAAAUAAGAAUUUGGUGAUCUCAUAAAUUACAAAUGAACGAUUGAAGGAAUGUAUAAUGGAAGUUUUGGAAAAGGACAUUGAAUUAAAAUAAAUUUGGAAAGAAAAAAUAAAUUAAAAAGAGGACUUUACUCUUGCACUCAAUGGGUCCUAUCGCGGUUAAAGGGAGAAGGAAUUUAUACAGAGCGGUUAUGGAGAGCUUGUCUCUGAUAGGCAGGACAGGUACUUUUUAGGCUUUUGGAAAAAUAAUGUGCUUGAAGGUAAAGGCUGUACAAUUUACAUGAGCGAUUAGGACUAUCAAUAUUACUAUGGUCAACAUUCCAAAGGGGUAGCUCAUGGAAAAGGGACGAUUGUAUUCAAUGAAGGCGCCUAGUAUCAAGGAGACUGGGAAUAAGGACAGAUUACAGGGGAAGGAUCAAUAUUCAUAACCAACUCUCUCUAUUACAAGGGAUAGGUAAAAGAUGGCUAGAUGCAUGGGUAAGGGAAAUUGAUACUUUUUGCCAAAACCAACAAAGUUAAGUAGAAUAUUGGUACUGAUGUGAUGAUAAUUUAAGAGGGAGGGACUAUUUUGGAAGGCUAAUUUUAUGAGGAUUAGAUGAUUGAAGGGAAUGUUAGAAGUCUGAAAGGUAAUUACAUAGGAUAGAUGAAGGAAGGCAAGAUGGAUGGAAAAGGGAUAUUUAUUUGCAAUGACGAAAGCUUUUAUGAUGGGCAAUUCAAAAACAAUAAAAGACAUGGUAUAGGGAAGAGUAAGAAUGAAAAAGGUUAAGUGUAGAUUGCUUAAUGGGAAGAUGAUAAAUUGGUGAAAGUUCUUGAGAUAAACUGA